CCCCCGCUCGUUCUUCCUCUUUUUUUCUUUUCCCUGACCCCUAUCCUGCCUCUCAAGGUAACUUGGAGCAGGAAGUUGGCUGUCAGUGGAAGGGGGUUGGGCGGAGGCAAAGGGAGGGGCGGAGCUCAGCCGCCAGCCAGUGACAUUGGAGAGACCGGCGCCGCUAUUGGCUGCGAGUGCAGAGGAAGGCGGGCUCUGGUUGUCAUGCAGCAGGCUAGAUUGAUUCGCGGUGAAUGUUAAAGGAGCACAGCGGCUUUCUCUCGCCUCCGAGUCGGGGAGAGCCACCGGAGUGCGGCUCUGUGCAGCCCUCCUCUUUGCACCGGAGUGUGGGGGGGUCAGCAAGGCAAAAUGCAGGGGUCAACUGCUGGAAACAAAGAGGGACGGGGGCGGCGGGGGCAGAGAGUUCGAGAAAAAGCAGCAAGAGAAAGGUCAGCCCAUGUUAGGACACUUUGGUGAGAGAAGCCCCAGAAUGUGAGCUCUGUUUAGGCAGCAGACAUGUCAAGCCAGGGGGGGUGGACGGAGAGGGGGCUUGCUUUUUAUUUUAAUUUCUUUUUUUUUUAACUGUCCAGUGGCGCAAGAGUUCUUUUUGUUUGUUGUCGGGAGAGCAGACUGCAGUGGAAGGAAGUCAAACUGCUAGACAAGAGUUUUUUUUUUCCUCAAGGAGACUCAAAAGGGGCCCCCUGGAUGCCCCCCCCCUCUCCCACUCCCCUCCAUCAUGCUGUGCUGACACGGGACGGACCAUCCACCAUGAAGGGCACGGGGCCGCGUAGAUCAUGUCCGCAGAUUCCUUCGGCGCCGGCGGCAGCGAUGCCCAGCAGACACUGCAGUCCUUCUGGCCUCGCGUCAUGGAGGAGAUCCGGAACCUGACUGUGAAGGACUUCCGCGUGCAGGAGUUGCCCCUGGCUCGAAUCAAGAAGAUCAUGAAGCUGGAUGAGGAUGUCAAGAUGAUCAGCGCCGAGGCUCCGGUUCUGUUUGCCAAGGCGGCGCAGAUAUUCAUCACAGAGCUCACCCUCCGAGCGUGGAUCCACACGGAGGACAACAAGCGACGCACGCUACAGCGCAACGACAUCGCCAUGGCGAUAACAAAGUUUGACCAGUUUGACUUCCUGAUAGACAUCGUGCCCCGAGACGACCUGAAACCGCCCAAGCGACAGGAGGAGAUGCGUCAAACCGUGGCCCCAGCAGAGCCUCUCCAGUACUACUUCACCUUGGCCCAGCAGCCAGGCGCUGUGCAAGUGCAGGGCGCCCAGCCGGCCCAGCAGGCCGGCUCGCAAGCGGCCGCCACCAUCCAACCCGGGCAGAUUAUCAUCGCGCAGCCGCAACAAGGACAGAUGCUUCAAGGUGCCACCAUGCAGCAGUUACAGCAAGUGCAGGUGCAAUCACAGGGCACACCCAUCACGAGCGCCCCUGUGGCCAUGCAGGUGGGAGACGGCCAGCAGGUGCAGAUCGUCCAAGCCACCGCAGCCCAGGGCCAAGCUCAGACGGCCCAGGCGCAGGGCCAGACCAUGCAGGUCAUGCAGCAGAUCAUCACCAACACGGGAGAGAUCCAGCAGAUUCCGGUGCAGCUCAAUACAGGCCAGCUGCAGUACAUCCGUUUGGCACAGCCGGUGUCCGGGGCGCAGGUGGUGCAAGGACAGAUUCAAACCCUCGCCAACACACAGCAGAUCACACAGACCGAAGUCCAACAAGGGCAGCAACAGUUCAACCAGUUUACCGAUGGCCAGCAGUUGUACCAGAUCCAGCAGGUGACGGUGCCGGCGGGCCAGGAGCUGACUCAGCCCAUGUUCAUCCAGUCCAGCAACCAGACGGCCGACGCGCAGGUCACUCAGGUCAGCACGGACUGAGCCGCCCGCCGGCCACGCUCCGAUACGCCGCGGCCGGCCAUCUCCUCGAGAGCAGGGAUGUCUUUUUAGUGACCAAUCAGAAGCCAAAGGGAGACUGAUUGACCCCACCGCCCCCUCCGCCCCCCCCUCCAUCACCAUCAGCAAUCGUCAGUAGGUUUUUGGUUUUAUACCUUUUUUGAUACGCCCCUCCACCCUUUCACUGCCAUCAUGCCAGCGUUUCGUCUCAGUCGGGAACAAGUCACAUGACUGAUGACCCCCCCCCCCCCCUUCCCUGUAGGUGUUUCAUCUUUCCCAGCUUCUUUUUUGUACAGUGAUUAUACGAACAGUCGUGACGUUCUUCUCGCAUGUGGUCCAAACUGCCAGCAUGACAUGCAAAUAGAUAAGUAACAAUUGUAUUUUUUUCACCUUACCUUUUUCUAAGCAAAUCUUCUUUGUGACAAAACAUUAAAAAAAAUGUGUAAGAGUUGUUGUUUUUUUUUUUUUCUUCGUCAAAAUUGUCCUAACUCACCAUGAAUGAAUAUUGCUGUUGUGUUUGUAGGCGAGCGCUCCGUGUGCGCGUGCUCGUGUGUCACCCUCCAAACCCCUCCCACUUCACUCCCGCUACAGGAUAAUAAGGUAGACUCAUCACGGCGGCUUUAACCGCACUUGGAGUUCAAUACAAUACAACUGUUGCAUCACCGAUGCCUCAUUGGUGGAGCUAAUACAAUAACACCCCAUUCAUGAAUGACCUUAUGAUGCUCUGAUUGUACUGUUUGUUUACACAAAGCAGGCGGUCGUUAGAUGGAGGAUGUUGGAUUACAUUACAUCAAACUUCAUUGAGGGAAAUGUACCAAUGGUAGCAACACCGCAUGCAGCAUAUAAGACGUAGCAGCAGCUUAAUAUGUUAUAAAUAACACGUUAAUAACAGCCAUUUCCUAUGCCUAAUGUCCUACUAGGAUCAUGGGGCUAUGCUGGAGCCUAUCCCAGCUGGCUUUGAGCGAGAGGCGGGGUACACUCUGGACUGGUGGCCAGCCAAUCACAGGACACAUGUAGAAAAACAACAGUUAUUAAACAAAUAGCUUGUUUUUUUAAAUCACAAUGUAGAAAUAAAAUGACAAAAUUAACUCUUUAGUAUUGAAUUUGAAUCCUCAGGAGGCUUGCUUACAACCACUGCUGAUUUUCGGACUUGCAGAACUUGCUUUUGUAGACCCGGAGACUAGAGGUGUACCUAAUGUGGUUGGUGAGUAUAUACUGUAUGGUUUAUCUACUGCAGGGGUCUCAAACUCAAUUUACCUGGGGGCCACUGGAGCUAGGGUCUGGGUGAGCCUGGGCCGCAUCAGGUUUUCUAAAAAAAAAACAAAAAAAAAACGCAUUUAUUAAAAACAGAAAAAUUAAUAAACUUUGCUUUGGUUCUGAUUUUCUACAAUAAAAGCUCUGAUAAAACAUUCCA